AUGAACAGCACAGUCGUCGACAGAGGGGCCAUUUACGAUGCAGCUCCGCCACCAGAGCCUCCAUUGCCCCAAUCUGUACCUGCGCCCCCGCAUUUUCACCGUCACACUUUGAAGGAUCAGUGGCAAGAUCCGAGCGAGGCAGAAACUGAAUCCGUGGAAACCAACCGGCAGAUCUUUCUGGACGCUGUGAAAACGGCGAGGGUGAGGACUGACUGGACGAGGAAGGAGGUUGCUGCGAUUUACUACCAGCCCUUGCUUGAGCUGGCUCACCAGGCUGGAAUUGUUCAUCGCCGAUUCCAUGCGCCUGGGGAAGUCCAAUUAUGCACCCUCAUGAACAUCAAAGAAGGCGGUUGCACUGAAGACUGUUCAUACUGCGCCCAGUCGAAACGAUACCAAAAGGGAACCGGCCUGGUCGCCAAGAGGGUGGAAUCCGUCGAGUCUGUGCUUGAGGCCGCACGCAAGGCCAAGGAAAACGGGAGCACACGGUUCUGCAUGGGCGCCGCAUGGCGGGACAUGAAAGGCCGCAAGAACAGCCUCAAGAACGUCACCGAGAUGGUCAAGGGCGUCCGCGCCCUGGGCAUGGAGGCCUGUGUCACCCUUGGCAUGAUCGACGCCGAGCAGGCUAAGCAGCUGAAGGAGGCCGGGCUGACGGCGUAUAAUCACAACCUCGACACCAGCCGCGAGUUCUACCCUAGCAUCAUCUCGACGAGGAGCUUCGACGAGAGGCUGCAGACGCUCGCACACGUCCGUGACGCCGGAAUUAAUGUCUGCUCCGGCGGCAUCCUCGGCCUCGGCGAGUCCGCCAUGGACCGCAUCGGGCUGCUGCAAACAGCGGCGACGCUUCCAGCACACCCAGAGAGUUUCCCAGUGAAUGCGCUGGUGCCCAUCAAGGGCACGCCUUUGGGCGAUCGCGAGCAGAUUGCCUUUACGAGCAUGCUGAGGACCAUUGCAACGGCGAGGAUCGUCAUGCCUGCUACGAUUAUCCGCAUCGCCGCGGGCCGCAAGACCAUGUCUGAAGAGAGGCAAGUAUUGUGCUUUAUGGCGGGGGCCAACGCCAUCUUCACCGGCGAGAAGAUGCUUACGACAGAUUGUAACGGAUGGGAUGAAGACGAGAUAAUGUUUGGAAAAUGGGGAUUGAGGCCCAUGAAGAGCUUUGCCAAGGAGGACUCGGUUGCUCACGAACAUGCGUGA